UCACUCAAAUGAAAAUAAAUUUUAUUUUUAAAAACAAAAGCAAGAAAAAUAAAAUGAACAAUUUAGAUGGAACAUUAGAUGGAAUCCAAAAUACUCGAUUUUUAAACAUCUAUCAUGGAUUGAUCAAGCAAAUGUUGAAGCAAACACAAUUCUCUGAAAUGGAAUUGAAUUGCAUUUUAAUGAUUUAUCAUAAAUUUGUUUUAUUAAAUGGACCGAGAGCAAAAGCAAUGACGAAGAAACAAUUUUUUCAUCUCUUUGAAGUUUUGUUUAAAGUUUUUGAUUUGCAAAUAAUCGAAAGAAUUAUGAUAUUGAUUGCAAAAGAAUCAAAAAAUCACAUACCACCGAUUGCUUGGGUCAAGUUGUUUUCGGUUUUUAUGUCGGAUUCGUUGGAUGAGAAGAUGAAGUUUGUUUUUAGUAUAUAUAAUUUACAUGAAACGAAUUUUUUGAAUAGAGAAAUUUUAACAAAAUUCGUUGAUAAAUUUUUCACUGGAGAAGAUGAGGACGAAGUUGUGGAAUUAACAGCGGAUAUGGUAGAUUUGUUGUUCAAGAAAUUUGAUUUAGACCGUGAUGGUUUGAUUUCAUAUGAUGAUUACUCUACAGUGGUUCGAAAGACACCUAUGCUAUUGGAAUUUUUGGGACCAUGUUUGCCAUCUCGUGAUGGCUUAACAGUAACUGCAUAUUGUUCAAAUAUUUUAUCAAAAAUGGGUGACAUGGGAUUAAAUCAAGAUGAUGUUAAAUAAAAGAAAAAUAUUAAUAAAAAGAAUAAUUUGUUAAAUA